CUUUAAAAACCGCUGAACCGCUGGUGUUGCCUCAAACUUCCCCUCAGCCGGAGAAGCAACACGAGACGGGCCAGACGUUCUCCACAGACAGCAGAGACGGAGCACCUGCUCAGGUGUGAGUUCUGAACGCGAUGCUGCCGCUGGAGACGGCGCCUGAGGUCACUGCUCUCCUGCUGCUGCUGCUGCUGCUGCUGCUGCUGCUGCUGCUGCUCGUCAGCAGGAGGCGAAGCCGCGGCGCAGGCGUCCCAGGUCCCCCUUCAUUGGCAGGACUCGGUCCGGUUCUGUCCUACGCCAGGUUCAUCUGGACCGGGAUCGGAACGGCGUGCAACUACUACAACAACAAAUACGGCAGCGUUGUCCGCGUGUGGAUCAGCGGCGAGGAGACGCUCAUUCUGAGCGGGUCGUCUGCGGUGUACCACGUGCUGCGCAGCGCCCAGUACACGGCCAGGUUCGGGAGCCCAGAAGGGCUGGAGUGUAUUGGGAUGAAAGGGAGGGGGAUCAUAUUCAACAGCGACCUCCCACUGUGGAAGAAAGUCCGGACGUACUUCUCUAAAGGCCAGUGCAUUCCUGCGAGCUACGUUAACGCGCUCAUACUCGUGCUUCACCCCUGCGGUUCUCCUCCAGCCCUGACAGGCCCCGGCCUCCAGAGAACAGUGGCGGUCUGCGUGAGCUCCACGGCCCAACAUCUGGACAACCUGCAGGAGCUGACCAACGCCUCCGGACACGUGGACGCGCUCAAUCUGCUGAGGGCCAUCGUGGUGGACGUCUCCAACCGUCUGUUCCUCAGGGUGCCGCUCAACGAAAAAGACUUGCUGAUGAAAAUACACAACUACUUUGAAACCUGGCAAACCGUCCUGAUAAAGCCGGAUAUAUUUUUCAAGAUUGGGUGGCUGUACAACAAGCAUAAGAGAGCAGCUCAAGAGCUGCAAGACGCGAUGGAGAGCCUUCUUGAAAUCAAAAGACGAAUUAUUAACGAAGCUGAAAAGCUGGACGAGGAUCUUGACUUUGCAACCGAGCUCAUCUUCGCUCAGAACCACGGAGAGCUUUCGGCCGACAACGUCCGGCAGUGUGUGCUGGAGAUGGUGAUCGCAGCGCCCGACACGCUCUCCAUCAGCCUCUUCUUCAUGCUGAUGCUGCUCAAGCAGCAUCCGGACGUGGAGCGGAGGAUGGUGGAGGAGAUGGACACUGUGCUGAGUGAAAACACUGCUGAAAACAUUGACUAUCAAGGCUUGAAAGUGAUGGAGACUUUCAUCAAUGAGAGCAUGAGGUUUCAUCCCGUGGUUGAUUUCACAAUGCGAAAAGCUCUGGAGGAUGACAACAUCGAAGGCACGACAGUGCGGAAGGGAACCAACAUUAUUCUUAACAUCGGUCUCAUGCACAAGACAGAGUUCUUCCCAAAAGCCAAAGAGUUCAGUCUGAUGAACUUUGAUAAAACAGUGCCCAGUCGCUUCUUCCAGCCCUUCGGCUGUGGGCCGAGGUCCUGCGUGGGCAAACACAUCGCCAUGGUCAUGAUGAAGGCCAUCCUGGUCACAUUGUUGUCUCGCUACACAGUGUGUCCUCAUCAGGGCUGCACCGUCAGCACCAUCAGGCAGACCAACAACCUGUCACAGCAGCCGGUGGAGGACGAGCACAGCCUGACCAUGCGCUUUGUCCCCCGACGGGCGCGACCCCCACCGAGUCAGCGCUGAAGCAGAAAUCAGUGCAGAGGUGGAGGUUGAAGGAGGAAGGCCUGUGUUAACACAGCCGUACACAGGCGAUCAUAGAUCUAUACUUACCUAGAACAGAACUGCAUGAAUUAGAACGUAGGGUUUUAAUGGCUUAAAUGAUACAGUAUAACAAUGCACAAGAUAUUGUAGCAUCAAUUAAACCAGCUCCAGUAGUAAAUCUUAAUCAACUUUAAGCUGUAGUCUGUAUCAGUGGAACAUUUUAACUGUCAGCGCACUGAAAAGCUCAAGUUAUUAGACAGUUGCUUAAUGAUAUCACUGUCCAGACCAGUUAAAACCCUUGUUUUACCAGUUUUACUUGUCAAAUUUGUAAUUAGAGACAUUUUGGUCAAAAUAACGAAUUCAUCUCAUCACCUUGUGUUUUUCGACAAUAAACAAGUUUCAUUAUCA